AUGGACGCCCCCGAGGCCAAGCGGAGCCGGCUCUGCCCCGCCGGCCGCGAGGAGCGCGAGCCCUGGGCCGGGGCCGGGACCGGGGCCGGGGCUGGGGCCGUGCGCGCCCGGGGCCGGCCCGAGCCGCUGCUGGACCUGUGCGCCAAGCGCGUCGCCGAGAGCUGGGCCUUCGAGCAGGUGGAGGAGCGCUUCUCCCGUGUGCCGGAGCCAGUGCAGAAGCGCAUCGUGUUCUGGUCGUUCCCACGCAGCGAGCGCGAGAUCUGCGUGUACUCGUCGCUGGGCUGCCAGACCCCAGACAGCGAGCAUGACGCCCGGGCCCCCUUUACUCGAGGGCUGCAGCUGCUGCAGGCGGGUGCCGUGGACCGGGUACUGCAAGUGGGGUUCCACCUGAGCGGGAACGUCCAGGAGCCGGGGGGCCCUGGGGAGCCCGAGCGGCUCUACCACGUGUCCAUCAGCUUCGACCGCUGCAAGAUCACGUCGGUGAGCUGCGGCUGUGACAACCGCGACCUCUUCUACUGCGCCCAUGUGGUGGCCCUGUCGCUCUACCGCAUCCGCCACGCCCAGCAGGUGGCGCUGCGCCUGCCCAUCUCCGAGACGCUGUCGCAGAUGAACCGCGACCAGCUGCAGAAGUUCGUGCAGUACCUCAUCAGCGCCCACCACACCGAGGUGCUGCCCACCGCCCAGCGCCUGGCCGACGAGAUCCUCCUGCUGGGCUCCGAGAUCAACCUGGUGCACGGUGCCCCUGACCCCACGGCAGGUGCGGGCAUUGAGGAUGCCAACUGCUGGCACCUGGAUGAGGAGCAGAUCCAGGAGCAAGUGAAGCAGCUGCUAUCCAAUGGCGGCUACUACGGCGCCAGUCAGCAGCUCCGCUCCAUGUUCCACAAGGUGCGGGAGAUGCUGCGUAUGCGGGAUUCCAACGGGGCGCGCAUGCUGAUCCUCAUGACGGAGCAGUUCCUGCAAGACCCGCGCCUGGCCCUGUGGCGGCAGCAGGGCGCUGGCAUGACAGACAAGUGCCGCCAGCUUUGGGACGAGCUGGGGGCCCUGUGGGUGUGCGUGGUCCUGAGCCCCCAUUGCAAACCCGAGGAGCGGGCAAGCUGGCUGCAACUGCUGAGAACCUGGGACCAGCUGGACGUGUGCCCCCUGGAAGAGGGCAACUACUCCUUCCACGAGCCACACAUGCAGGCCCCCACAGGUGACGUGGCGGAGGAAGAAGCGGCAUCGAGGACAGGCUCGCGACACACGGUGUUCCGGCGCGCGCUGCAGGCGGGCUCUCUGCACUGGAGGGACGCGCACCUGCAGAGCAUCCUAGCCAGCGACCACUGCAGCGCCAGCCGCGCAGGAGACACUGGCAGCGGCAAGCCCACCUUCGACCCCCAGGGCCGCCCGCUCUGGCUGGCCGAGCCCUUCUCCACCGCGUGCGCCCGCGUGGACACGCUGCGCGCCCACGGAUAUCCACGCCAGGCCCUGCGGCUGGCGGGCGCCGUGGUCAACACCUUGAGGUUGCAGCGGCGCCGUCAGCUGGAGAGCUACAAGCCGCAGGAAAAAGAACUGCUGCAGAAAGGAUCCACCUGCAUUACCAACACGGAGGGCUGGGUGGGCCAUCCCCUGGACCCCAUUGGCUGCCUGUGCAGGGCGCUCCUGGAAGCCUGCCGUCUGGAGGAGGAGAGCCCGGCACUGUACCCAGAUGCCGCCCCCGAGAAGCGGAAGGUGACUUACCAGCACGUACCGGUGCCCGGGAACCCGGGGGAGUCCUACCUGGCGCUGGCGCUGGAAGUAGCGCUCCUUGGCCUGGGCCAGCAACGCGCCCUGCCCAGCGGCCUGUACGCCCAAGACAAGCUGGUUCGGAACGAGGAGCAGCUGCUGGCGCUGCUGGAGGAACUGGAGCUGGACGAGCGGCUGGUGCAGGUGCUGCGCAAGCAGGCCGGGCUACUGCUGGAAGGAGGUCCAUUCAGCGGAUUCGGAGAGGUGCUGUUCCGGGAAAGCGUCCCCAUGCACAGCUGCGCCCGCUACCUCUUCACUGCCCUGCUGCCACACGACCCGGACCUGGCCUACCGCCUGGCACUGCGGGCCAUGAGGCUGCCUGUGCUGGAAACGGCAUUUCCGGCCGGCGAGUCCCCACCCAACCCGCUGGACUCCAUCAUGAGCAACCGCUUCCCGCGUUGGUUCAUCCUGGGCCACCUGGAGACACGCCAGUGCGAACUCGCCUCUGCCAUGCUGACAGCCGCCAAGGGGGACCCCAAGUGGCUCCAUGCUGUCUUGGGCUCCAUUCAGCAGAAUAUCCACUCCCCGGCUCUGCUCUUCAAGCUGGCGCAGGAUGCCUGCAAGACGGCCACUCCAGCCAGCGCACCGCCUGACACCACCCUGCUGGGCAUUGCACUGGAGCUGGGCCUGCAGGUGAUGAGGCUGACUCUGAACACCAUGAGCUGGCGGCGGAGGGAGAUGGUGCGCUGGCUGGUCAGCUGUGCCACAGAGAUCGGCCAGUCCGCCCUGAUGAACAUCAUGCAGAACUGGUAUUCCCUCUUCACCCCGGUGGAGGCGGCCACCAUCGUGGCGGUGACGGGCACCACGCACGCCACGCUGCUGCGGCUGCAGCUGGACGCGCCGCGGCGGGAGGAGCUGUGGGCGUGCGCGCGGACCCUGGCCCUGCAGUGCGCCAUGAAGGACCCGCAGAACUGCGCGCUGCCCGCGCUCACGCUGUGCGAGAAGAACCACGCGGCCUUCGAGGCGGCCUACCAGAUCGUGCUGGACGCGGCGGCCGGCGGCCUGGGCCACGCGCACCUCUUCACCGUGGCGCGCUACAUGGAGCACCGCGGCCUGCCGCUGCGCGCCUACAAGCUGGCCACGCUGGCCCUGGCGCAGCUCAGCAUCGCCUUCAACCAGGACAGCCACCCGGCCGUCAACGACGUGCUCUGGGCCUGCUCGCUCAGCCACUCGCUGGGCCGCCACGAGCUCUCGGCCAUCGUCCCGCUCAUCGUCCGCAGCAUCCACUGCGCGCCCAUGCUCUCCGACAUCCUGCGCCGCUGGACCCUGUCGGCGCCGGGCCUGGGGCCGCUGGGCGCCCGCCGGGCCGCCAAGCCCCUGGGCGCCGACCGGGCGCCGCUCUGCCAGCUCCUGGACGCCGCGGUGGCCGCCUACAUCGCCACCAGCCACUCGCGCCUCACUCACAUCAGCCCGCGCCACUACGGCGACUUCAUCGAGUUCCUGGGCAAGGCCCGCGACACCUUCCUGCUGGCGCCCGACGGCCACCUGCAGUUCGCCCAGUUCCUGGAGAACCUCAAACAGACCUACAAGGGCAAGAAGAAGCUGAUGCUUCUGGUGCGGGAGCGAUUUGGCUGAGCCGCGGGCGGCGGGGGGCGUGGGGUUUGGUUUGCAGAGGGUCCCCAAACCCCCACUUAGCGACGAGGCACCCGCGCUGCGGGGUUGCGGGGAAUCUCCUCACCGGUGACCCACCCCGGGGCAUUUCAGUAUUAAGUCAGGGGCUUACCCCUGCACCGCACCGCCCUGCAUAGCCCCGCACUGCCUAGUCCUGGGAGGUGGCCGCCCUGCUGCCUCGAGCAAGUCUCAAGGAUCUGAAGCCAUAGCACCAUCUAGAGGCCUGGAAGGGGACUGCUUGGACUGGCCAACACCCCAGACCCAUCUUGGGUAACCCCCUAAA